AAUUGAUUAAUUUAUAUUUUUUGGGAUUUUGAUUAUAGUUUUUAAAUAUAUACACUUUUAGGAGGUGGGGUACUAAUUGAGGAUGAAAAUGACGUACUCCGUAAUUAAUUUGAUAUCUUCCAAGUUGAUUAUCCCACUGGCUCUCGAAUUCGCUCAUUCCACACCGCAGUUUUAUCCCUACUUUUUUCUCCGAAAAUGGCACUCGCCGUUAAAGCUUUUGCCCUUUUCUUUUCCGUCAUUCUCCUGGUCUCUCGAAUCCCCGCAGACGCCGUCGUCUCGGAUCCUGCCCGGAGACUUCUAGGGAUCCGCCGCGCCGCGAACCGGAGCCCGCAAUCCGACUGCCUCGAAAUCAGAUCCAGAUCUCAGUGCUCGCAGAGGCAGGAUUGUCGGUGGUGCCGUAGUGACGUCAUCGAUGACUUAUGCUUCUCCAGGACCGAAGCUUCCAGAUUGCCCUCACAGGUCUCCGUUUGCAAUUGACAAAACAAAAAGCAAAAAAGAAAUUUGUUUUUCUUCUUCUUCCUUCGAUGGUUGGAUCAGACUGAUUUCUGAGUUUUAAUUGGUUUCCUGUGAUUUAUUUGUUUCUGUUAGUAGAAAUUCUAAAGCUUUUUCAUUGAAUGGCUUUUUGGGGUUUCCUAGUAGAUGUUUUUGUGUGUGUAUAAGCUGAUCAAAAGUGUUUAUUAUCAAUUUUUAAUUUAUAAGUCAGUGGAUUGUGUCUUUAU